CCCGAAAAAAAAACAAAAAAAAACACGCUUCAUCCGCAUCAGCGGCGCGCGAGGAUCAGCAAACCGAGCUCGCGGCUUCCGGGGCGAGGCGCUCCGCUCGGUCUGCACGCUCCAGACCCAUGAGGACCAACUAGCUAACUAACAGCCAUAACAUCCAUAGACGCAGAGUGUAAUGUUAGGACUGGAGUGUGUGUUGCCGAGGGAAUGAGACUGCGUGGCAGGGAUCUGGAGGAUUCCACCGGCUCCUGGAUACCAAGCGUCCUGGGCGUGCAGAGUGUCAGGCUUCGCCUUCGCCUCGAUCGUCGCACCGACAGGGGGAGGAGCCUCUGGCAACUGGUCGACCUGAACGGAGAGGCGGUGCCCAGUGGGCGGGGCUUAUGGGAUAGGACACCACCCACUUGUUCACAGAGUCUGAUGAGUAUUCCUACAGCAGCAUCUGGACAGACAGGGGGUGGAGACAUGCAGUCACCUGGGGCAAUAAGCCCCUCCUUCCUCCCACCCCCAACUGGAAAGGUUCCAGGUCGCAAGAGGGGACGGCCGCCGCUCAAAAGGCAUCCGGAGUAUCAGAAUCGCUACCCAGAAUCCCUCCCUCCCAUCAAAGUGCCUAAGAAGAGAGGGAGGAAGCCUGGAUUCAAGCUGAAGUCCCGGUUGGCAAUGACUCCAUUGGCCAUCUCCCCUCCCAGCAGCACUCCAGAACCAGACAUGAGCUCCAUCCCUCAGGACGCUGCCACUGUUCCCCACUCUGCCACACCGGAGGUCCUUACAGUGUGUAUCUAUGUGAAUAAACAGGUGAACACUGGCCCUAACCUGGACAGACAGAAAGUCAUGCAGCUUCCCGAUCACCUCGGCCCAGCACGGCCCUCCGUGGUUCUGCAGCAGGCUGUGCAGGGUUGCAUCGAUAGUGCUUACCAGCAGAAAACAGUCUUCACCCUGCUCACGCAGGGCUACGGAGGAGAGAAAAUAUCAGCCACCUUUGACGGCAAGCAGCACCUUUUGAGUCUGCCAGUGGUGAACAGUGUUGGUUAUGUCCUCCGCUUCCUAAAAAAGCUCUGCCGGAGUCUUCUGUGUGAGAACCUCUUCAGCGAUCAGCCAAUUGCACCUUCCUCCUCUCCCUCCUCCUCUUCCUCGGCCCACACAGACAAGCAUUCAGAUGGACAAUCCAAGUCGACAGACUCUAUGGUGGAUGAUUACCACUCUGAAACAAUGGAGGCCAAGCGUUACUCUGUCGAUCAUAGUGACACAGCCUUUGGUGUGAUGACAUCACCAUACAUAGCCUCGAAAUCCAACUAUGGGUUUCGUUCUGGUGCCGCCUACUCUGGGGGCGUUUGCAGACCAGCAGCCAGUCCCAGUGCAUUCCAGGAAGGAAACAGAAGUGCCUACAGUCCGUCCCCAGAGGCAGGUGAGUCCAAGCCGCCUCCGAGUAAAGACCCAUCCCGGUGGAGUGUAGAGGAAGUGGUGUGGUUUAUCAAAGAUGCAGACCCUCAGGCCCUUGGUCCACAUGUGGAACUCUUUCGAAAACAUGAGAUUGAUGGAGACGCUCUCCUGCUGCUGAAGAGUGACAUGAUCAUGAAGUACCUGGGACUAAAACUCGGCCCAGCACUCAAACUCUGCUACCACAUCGACAAGUUAAAACAGACCAAGUUCUGACAUGCUCUUGGCCAAAACCACCCCAACCCCCACCACUCCUAUACGCACACACACACACACUUGUGCACGCAUGCUUAUCUCCCACCCACAAACACAUACACACAAACACAAACAUACAUGGUCUCACACACCGAGACGGACUACUUCACAAUAUCAAGAUGUGAUUUUCUUCGUUUUCGUUUGUGUUCUUCAUACGCAUUUUUGACCCUCACCUACCAAGUGCCCGUGAACUUUUUAAAUAUCUGUGAUUAUUUUGGACUUGACACUAAUUGACAAUUCCCUUGAGCUUGUUUUAACAUGGGUUGAGAGCGUGAUGAGCCACCCAUGGUAAAAGUUAUUGCUGGGACUUCCACAGAGCUUCUGGAAUUAUGCAUACUAAAGAUAGAUAAAGAUAAGAAAAUAUAAGGAUGUAAAAAAAAAUCCUGCUCAGUAUGGAUAGUGGGAUGGGUGAUGAUUUAUCAUGGACUAGACCCAUACAGGUUCUAUACAUUUCACACAAUGUACGGAUCAUCUAAAGAUGGUCUUUGGCCACCUUGUGGUUAAACUGAGACAUUGUAGCUUCCUGUGACGCUGGAUCCCAUUUUUCCAAGAGCAGCUAAACAAGACUUGAGCCUAUAUUCAUACGGAACUGUACAGACACAGGACUUUAGAGUAGAGUCACAUCUGAAAUUCUAACACACAGCAGGGCUACUACUGGAUUCAAAAACCGUUACCUCCGUAACCAGCGAAAUACAGGCACUGAUAAAACCGUGGACCAAUCAUGAAAUUCAGUAUGUGUUUGGGUUUUUGCACAAGUUUAAGUAUCACCGUUACAUGCUACUCACCUAAACAUCUUAAGACAAAUCAAGUCAAGUGGGUUUUUAUAGUCAUUUAUCUAUAUUGCUUGUAUACAUUGGAACGAAAUGUCGUUUCUCCAAGACCAUGGUGCAACACAGAAAAGUACGCAAGACUGCGUAGGGUACAAUACCUAACAGUGUGAGACGAGUGCAGGACAAUAAAUACACAAUAACUGGUAUUGCAAAGUAGCACUAAGAGCAUGCAUUGCAGCACACCAAAAACACUGGCACAAUCAUGGUUUAACUAAAAGGACCAAACCCAGGUAGAACCAUGGCAAGUUGCUUUACUGAAUCCCACACACACUUGCCUCUGUUCUGUAAGGUGCACAUAUUAUAUGUAACAGUGAUAUUAAUCUAAAGGGUACUGGAAAAUGGAUUAGUCCUUCUGUUAACAAAACAUAUCUCAAGAUAUAUAUUACAUGGAGACAUCCUACAAGAUGUUUUACUAUUAAACAUACUGAUGAGUGCCAAUAUUAUACUGGAGUACAUAAAUAGUGUGUUAUUUUUGGAUGCUAGCAUGCCGACUCAUCCCGAAACACUUUUUUCUUUUUAAACAGAAGAUUGUUUUUGCCUCAUUUCAGUGUUUUUUUCUCUGAAGGGUACCUUCUUUUUCCCUUUGUGAAGUGACCCAACUGUCUGAGUUUUCAAUUUUGUGUUUGUUUUUUCUUCAGAGAGCAAUUGUGGUGAUGGGACACAAGUGUAAAGUCAAAAGUGUACUUUUUGUGUAAAUACAACAUUUUCAAGUCACAGAUGCAUACCAUGCCCUCCAGAAUGAUCAGUACCAUUCAUGAAAAUGUUUAUGCAGUUUAUGGCUGUACAUCUCUUGUAAUGUUGAACAUGUUGGUCCAGUCCUCCAUGACAGAACGUUUUAAGCUCUUUUAUAUUCUGAGGUUUGUGCGUGUGAACUUAAAUUCAAACCAAGGGUUUUCAGUAGGGUUUAAAUCCAGAGACUGACAUGGCCACUGCAAAUAAUUGAGCUUGUGUUUCUUUAAACAUUCCCGUGUUGAUGUUGUGUAAUAAGUACUUUUGUUUCAUCAUCUUGCUCAAAACUUGUGGCCAAGCCUGAACCUCCUGGUAACCAGGUUUUGGGCUAAAAUAUUCUGGUACUUAACAUAAUUCAUGAUGUCAUCAAUCUUCACAAGAGCCCCUUUUUUGUGUUGAAAGUUUGAUUUGUCCCAUGGUAAUGGAUGACAAAGAGAUUUUACAAAGGGAUGUGUGUAGCCUCAUAUCUGUACCCCAGGGAAACAGGAUAAGGCAACAACAGUUCCUGGCAAGUGAUCUUUUUUUUCUUCUUAGGAAUUACAAUUUGCAUUUUUUUUUUUUUUUUGGAGAGAAAAUACUAUUAUUUAAAAAUGUUGUUCAAAUAAGAAAAAAAUUUUUGUAAGAAAAUUGUUUUUGAAUUAUUGUGUGUUAUUGUAUGUUAAUUUUAUAUAACCAUUUUUAAACUAAUUUUAUGAAGGGUGCCAAUAAUUCAGGAGGAUGCUGAAUUCAAAAAGUCAUUUCGUGUUUUUAUCAGAUCAACAGUUUCAACUGCACAAGAGGAAAAAAAAAAAGUCACUAUUUUAGAGUAAGCAGUCAGCCCAAAAUGUAUAAUCUGCAUUUCAGCUCAGUUUUACUGUAAGCCGCUCUGCUAUCUCACUUGUACAGAAUCCUUUUCUACAUUUCUGAAUUGGUUCAGGCUGUUUAGUCUUUUCUCUUUCUUUCUGUGGAAUUUUCUUCAUGUAGCACAUUCAGGUGAAUGAACAUAGCCCAUGUACUGUACAUCAUACUGUAACUGGAAAGAAACUGUUAGUCCAGCAGCCUGCGUGUCUUCAAAUUCAUGGUUAAUUGCUGUGUUCAGAUUGAAAACUUUCUGUUUUAGCGGGUAAGUAGGUGGUCAAUACAUGUCUGACACUUGCCUGAAAUAUUUAGACAGGGGAAGUUAAAAAAUAAAACAGCUCGAGGUGCUUUUUAUUUAAUCAGCGAAGCAUCGUAGUGGCAUCGCACCUGUCCGGUUUUCUCUGCUUGGACUUCACUUAACUACAACGUUAUCAUAGCAUAGGUUUAUAGUCAAUCCAGUUUAUGACAAAUGAUGCUAUUAUUGCAUAGUGUGUAAUGCCUUGAUGUUAAAGGUUUGGUUAAAGGUUUGGCUUAUAAGCCUUGUUAUUUUAAAGGGAAGUAUUUCUGUUAAUUCCUACAGCUCUGGAGGAGAAGUUCAUCACCUCCUUUUGUCACUUUUCUAUGUUCGCCUCUGUGCCGUGUCAUUCGGUGUCAUAUUUUGUAUAAUACAUAACGUAAAUGUAUGUUUAUGAAUGCUACUAUAGACAGUCUGAGCCAGUGAUGUUUAGAGAAACAACUGUUCAUAUAUUAACUCAAAGAAGAGGCUGUGUGUGUGUGUGUGUGUGUGUGUGUGUGUGUGUACAUCUUUGGAGGCUGCAACAAGGACCAUCCAUUUUGGUGCUAAAAUAUGACUGUAUUUAAUAACUAAUUUGAUCCAUAUUAGUUUACAGCUGUUUUCCCUUUAUUUCAACAGUGUGGCUUCAGUGUUGUGAAAUAUUGUGAUCACAGACAGGCCGUGGUCCGUCUGUCUGUUUGUGAGAUGAUAUACAGUAUACAAAGAAUUACAGAAGCACCUGAAUAAAGCAUUAAUGAGCACUUAAUACCUUCUCUGUUACUAAUUUGUCUCUGCAUCACAUACUAAGUCAUUUCUAUUUAUAAAAUCAUCAUGUUUAUAGUAUUUUCUUUAGUAAAUUGUUGUACAUGCAAUGUACUUUCACUACAGCCAUUUUACCUGACACCC